AUGGCUAGAUUUCUUGGAUUAAGUUGUGAGGUAUUUCCAGAAACACACGGUGGACACGCAGAUGUUUGUGAUGAUGUAUUGAAACUACAAGGCGGCAAAUGUAAGUCUGCGUGUGGUGCAAAUGAGGAAGAAUAUCCCAAUUAUGGUUAUGCGGCAUGUUUAGGUUCUCCAGGUUAUAUAUGUUGCAAACCAUUUGAAACAACUACUCCUAUGGAAACGACUACACCUGAACCUACUACCCCAACAGAACCACCAACAACCACCGAAGGACCAACUACUACCCCACAACCGGCUCCACCAGCUGAACAAUGUGGUGUUCAGCAGAAAAUGGAUGGCGCCUUCCUUACCGCUAGAAUAUUAGGUGGUGAUAAAUCAAAACGAUGUGACUGGCCAUGGAUGGUUUCUAUCAGAGGACGAGUAUCGACAACAUCGGGACUUACAGCUAAUAGCGCUGAUACUAUGGGUUUAUGUAAUGGUGUUUUAAUAAACCAAGAUUAUGUUUUAACAACUGCUGAUUGUGUUAUGUUUGCUCAUCUACCUGCUGGAGGAACAGAUCCACUGAAGAAUAUUGUGGUUGUAGCUGGAGAAACAGACAUUCAAAACACGGACUUCGGUAACGAUUCAAAACCAACAGAACAAGCUUUUACAUUAUCUGAAGUUAAAAUUCAUCCCGAUUUUUUCAAAUCAGAUCCGUCGCAAUGGCUGAACACUGAUCUGACAGCUGAUAAGGCGAUAAGAGAACACGAUAACUUUGCUCUCCUGAAACUUAGUCAACCAGCUGAAUUUAAUACGUGUAUUCGUCAAGUUUGUUUACCAGAAAAUCCUGCACCUUCUUCGGGCCAGAAAGAGAAUUGUAAAAUAGCAGCUUGGGGAAACGAUCAAACCAGUAUUGCAGCGGAAUUACCUGGAAACCUGAAGGAAGCAGACGUUUCUAUUUCCUCACAACAAGCAUACAACCAAGCUAUUGACUUUUUCAAUUUACCAAACCCUAAAUUAGCUCCACUAACAACAAUUGCCAAAUUCAAAACUGCUGGUGGUUCUUGCUUGACAAUAAAACAAUCGGUGACAAAUACCAAACAGUUUAAACAUCGGCAACGCGAUAAUCUUGUCGUGGAAGCGCAGGCACAUAGUGAUAGCGGUGGUAUGCUUGUUUGUCAAAACCAAGAAAAUCGAUGGGUUUUAGAAGGUCUGAUCAACAGACCAGAUUUUACUGAAUGUAACCCUACUGAAACUUUCAUAGUUUCCGAUGUCAGCCAAGCUCAAGAGUGGAUAAAAAAGGAAGCAGUUUAAGGAUUUUACGGUGAUACAUAAUAAGACCUAUUUUUAUUUUGUUAAGAAAUGACGACAAUUAAUAAAUUUCAAUUGUAAAUAGUAAUUUGUAAUUUAUUUUUGUAAGUGCAUAAAUACAAAUAGUGCCCAUCU